AUGAUGUCGCCGAAGCAUGGUAUGCAGGAGAAAUUGCGGGAUUCCACGAGUAUCAAAGAUGAAAAUGAGCUUUAUUCCUCGUCUAAGGCAGCCAACUGGUUGCUGGCAUCUCAACUCGCACAGAGCCAAACCGGAGGGAAAGGUAUCGUCCAUUUGGCCGGAAACCCAGGCAACUAUAAUACCAACAUUUGGCAGCAUACGCCCAGCCUCCUUUACUAUGUUCUCUGGCCUAUACUCAGAGAUCCUGUUAACGGGGCGAAUACAUAUCUGUGGAUGGCUUUCUCCGAGUCCAUUGCUAUAGAGGACAGCAUGGCAGGUCGCUAUGCCAUUUGCGACGGGAGAUGGCACUCUGGGCAGCGACAAGAUCUUAUCCUGGCGUUGAGGUCUGUCGAGGAGGGCGGUUCGGGGAGAGCGAGAGAAUAUCUCCACUGGUGCGAGAACAAUAUCAAGGACUUUUUGAGCGAGGACUAA